AUGGAGUUGCGAGCGAAUGCGAGGAGAUCAAAAGAUAAAAGGUUUAUUUUGGUGAAGUUUUCUGCUUCAUUAGUCUUCGGUAUGGAAAUUUUUUUGAAUCUGCUGUUCUUUUAAAACGAGACAGUCGCUCGGAAAACUAGUGUUGAUUUCACAAGGUCAAAAGUAAGAACACGGUUCUUUCUUUAUUUUUGUUAGGAGAAAAGGUCAAAAUUUCAAUCGUAGGCGGCAGACGAUUUUCUUCAGAUAUAUGUAUUAAUUUCAAUGCUUACUUUUGGGGUUGCGUUCAGAACCGAGGGAGAUCCUCCCGAAACAGUUGAAAGAACUGUCUUCUAUAAUAUUGACGAGUUGUACAACGAGGAGCUCUACGAUGACCUCGUUUACCUGUACGAAGUCGCCUCUCCAAUCAAGUAUAAUCUCGAAUUUUAUUUUUGAAAUAAAUGUUUGACCUCAGCACAACGACUAAAGCCGGUCGAAGUGUGAAGAAUCAGUUGAAAUGUACGAUACAAGUGGCGGACGCUUACUACGAGGUGGAAGAGUACGAAAAAAGUAUCGAGGUUUUGAAAAUUCCUAAUUAUUCUGUCAUUGUAAGUAAUUCCAGGCUUACCGAAAAGCUUUGAUCCUUUUCGCAAAUGUUUCCCUCAAUCAGAAGGUCAGUUUUUUUUUUGAGGAUGUGUUCUUGUAGUUUCAAAACCUUCUUUACAGCUUCAAAGGUUUUUUUGAGAAUGUAGACUGCUUUUUCCAAGAUCAACGAAAGGCUGUUUGAAAUACUCCAAAUGAAAAGUAUUUGAAUAUUUGAACUUUAAAUAUUGACGGACCAUAGUUUUUUUCUAUGCCUAGAGUCUCUUUUUCGAACUUCUAACAUCAAGAAUUUGUUUUUCAGCGUUAUUCCGAAGUUGAAGUGCGAUAUCGAAUGCACAAAGCCUUUUUGAAGCACCGCAAUCCUGAUGAGGCUUACGGUUUCUCAUAAUUUAUAUUCUUGUAAUUCAGUUAUUUUUAGCGAUUCUGAAGAGUAUUCCGGAAGAAAAUGCUCCGCUCAAAGUGAAAAGCGGCAUGGCGAAAUUACUGAUGCUGCCGUUCGAUUGGGACAAUCCCCAAAAGGCCAUCAAUCAAAAGUCCUCCAUCACCAAGAUUCAACUGUUUGGUUCAAUUUUGGAUCACUAGUCGAUUUUUUAUUCAGAGAUGUAUACAACAAAUGUCCCAGCGCUCUGCGGAACGUUUGUAACGUUUUGCAUGAAGAUGCGCGGCUCGGCGCUUCCUUGAAGGCUGAAACUGUCGCUAAAAAUUAUGAAGGUGAGGACAAAGUCAUUUUUUCGAUUGAUAAACUGAAAAUGAUAUUGAAAAAAAAAUGAACACUAGCAAUUUUCACAGCAAGAAAAAGUGAAGUAGAUUAAUUAAUCACCGGAAUUUGACAACCCUAAUGAGUAGGAUUCGACCCGGUAUUUGACAAGAAUAAGCCAUUCUACUCCGGCUUAUUGCGUUUUUUUUGUAAAAAAAGACCGUACACUGUAUUAGGUCAAAUUUAAUUUCACUUCGCUUCAAGACCCUUUUUGCUGCUUUUUUGCACUUUGUAGAGCAUAUAUUUCAAUAAACAGGUUGGAUCGUAAAAAGUGAUAAUUGAGAUAAAAUUGGGGGAACCGUUAAAUCUUUAAAAUUUUAGAUUUUAAAUUAGUUGACAUGGUAACCGUUUCAAAGAGAAAAAACUCGUUCAAAAUGUAUUUUUUUACCGAUAAUAAAUAUUGAAGUUUAGGACCAGAAGCGGGUUGCUUAAAAGGUUGGCUUCUGUCGCAGGAAUUGGCGAGGGAGAAACGUUAUCCGGAAGCUGUUCAAGCAUUGCAAAUAUUUUCUGAUAAUCCAAAGUAUGGUUUCGAUUCAAAACUUGGAAAGAAACUUGAUUUUGAAGCGAAUUUGUGAACAUUAAUCUCUUUUGACCUCAAAAAAUUAUAUAAAGCCGAAAAGUCUGUGACUUGCCCGCAUGAGUUUCACUUUUUGAAGAUUUGAAUAUUCAAAAUUUUCUGUAGUAACUUGGCAAAGGGUUGAACAAAAAUACAUAUCACCAAGAAAAAGGUUUUCAUUCACAAAAUCUCCGAGAUAAUCGCUAGAAAUUUUUCAGUCCUAGACAAAGAUGGCCUUUUUAGUACACUAAUAAAACUUUCGUCAUCUACAAUUUCCGCUGAUAAAAAUAAUAGGAACACUUGAAAGUUUUUUUGUUUUGAAAUUUCAAACCUUUAAAGCAUUAUAGCAUUUUACACCACUCUUCUCGCAAUUACAAGUCAUUUCCGCUUCCAGAGCCCUGAUCCAAUCGGCUCUUCUAUAUUUCCGAUUGGGAAUGCGUUGCGAGGCCCGCAAAAAGCUGCACAUUGUGGCGACUCGUUGGCCAGAUAAUUUCGAACAGAUGGAUCUUCUCGCCUAUCUUUAUAGCUUGGUGUGUCGAUCUAGUUAGAUAUUUAACAUUGGCUUUUUUCCAGGAGUAUUUCCGUUUCAUGUCCGACUUGGAAACUUUGACGAAUAACCUUUCCUCGAGAUCUCAUCUCAGGCCAGAAACAUUUAUUGCCCUAGGUUACCUUGCCAAGGCCGGCAUGUCGAAGGAAAGUAAACGAGGUGGAUUUUUAUUUGAUAGAAGCUGAAAGUAUUGAAAAAAUAAGAGGAAAGUAAGGAAAACAUUUUUUCUUUAAGAAAAGCAAGUUGAGAUCUUUACCUCAAAAAAAAGGUUUGGUAGAUAAAGUCGUUGAAAAUGGCUUUGCCAUAGGAACUGAAAAAGUAGCUUUCUUGAGGUCUUCAAGAGAAUAAUUUUGAGCUUUUCCGAUAAAUUUAUAUAGCCUCACAGAAAAAGAAAUAACUCUGUAAAAUUUGAUUAAAAAAGACGCUAGAAAAAUAGCCAACUAUGAGCAAAAUCAUAGGCGUCAAAAUAACUUCAGAAGAUCAACGAAAUAAAAAAGUGUCCAUUUGAAAAGUUGCUCGAAGUAAAAGCAUGAAAUUUAAAAUAAGAUUCUUGAAAAUUUCAAAACUUCUUAAGAAUCAGCCCUUAAACUUAUCGAAAUUCUCACUGCUUUAUCAAGUUUUAUUCAAAAUUUUCUUGAAUAUCAAUAAAAAAAUUAUAUUUAAGAGACCGAGUCGACGACCAAAGCUAAACGGGCCGUGUUCUUCGGAGGCCGAGCCACUGAGUUGGCCAUCCGCGGAACUUCUCAGUAUUCGCAUGCUUUGAUCCUGAAAGCCGCUGUCCUUGAGGAUAUGGGUCAUUUUUCUUUUUGGAAAAAUUGUCUAUUUUUUUGUUUCCAGACAAGAAGCAAGACGCAAUUGAUCAUUUGAAAGAAGGAAUUAAGUUGGAUCCGACGAAUUUCGAUUUGAACGACGCCUUGGUCGAGUGUCACUUGUCGAAUAAUGAGUUGGUCUUGUGUUCAUAGACUAAAAAAACUCAUAUUCAUGGUUUUAAAUUUUUUCAAGAGAAGACUGAAAAGUCUUCAUAUAAAAAAAAUUUGCGAAAAAUAGAAGAAAGGACGAAAAAACUUAUUUACGUUGCUUCUUUUUGAUCUUAUUCAGCGAUGCGUUUUUUUUCGCCUUUUCGGUUUUCUAUUUUUUCCUAGAGAAAAAAAUCUAAAAAAAUUUUUCUGACUUUGUUCUAGCUCCACGUUUUUUCUUCAGCUUCCGUGAAGCAAAGGCAGCUGCGGGAAGAUUUUUGGAUCUCGUACCGGAUGAUCCACAGGCCCGUCUGUUGAAUGCUAGCGUUUCGAUGAAAACUGCGAAUGUCAAUCAGCAGGUUUCCGUUUGAAACAAGUUGAUUUGUUGAAAUUUUUUGCAAUUUUUUGCUUUAGCAUGGAAAAAAAUAAUAAUCUUUAUCAUUUCAGUCUUGAAUUCAAAUUUUUAGGAGCUCGUGGCUACCGUUGAGGGAAUCGUCAGGAAGCAUCCCUACUUGCUCGAUUCCGUAUACCUUUUGAUGCAACUUUACGAGAAGAGCAAUGAGCCGAAAAAGUCGGUUGCAAUGGUCGAGCGCGUCGUGCAGGUUUUUUUGAAUUUAAAUUUUAUUGGUCUAUAAAGAGACCUGUAGAAAGGAAUCGGACGUUUAGUAUUUUUUUUUUUCUGAUGAAAAAUUGUUUCUUAGAAGGCUACUUAUGAAAAAAUAGAAACUUAGCAGAUAUUUUUCAAAUAGUCAGUCGAGGAGCUAAUCUCGUAAACAGAAAAGAAAACUUGUAAAUUAACAUUCAAUCUUACCAGGAAUCGUCAAUCCCCCAAAUGGCGAUGGGAAAAAUUCACGAGCUGUUGGGGAAUCUCUACUCGCAGGCCAACGAGCCUCUCAGCGCCUACGACCAUUUUCUGCGCUCCGAAUCGGCCGGCAACGAAGUCGACCCCGCACAGGUACGUUCAUGUUGUACAGGUGCUUUUUUGAUGAGUGUCCAAGACUAGAUGGAAAGAAAUAUUUUGAAGACCUAAUUUUGGAGGAUGUGUUGGUUGGCACAGUUAAUUAACAGAGAAGUCGUUUGAGUAUAGCUGAGAAAAAUUCAAAAUUUUUUUUCUGAACGGUCUUCCCUGAAAUUCAUGCGGUCAAGGCAUCUUUGUUCUGUGAUAAAUGCAACUUAAAAACCGAAAAAAAAACAUUAGUUCCUUCGCCAAAGUUGGAUACGAUUCUAAAAAUCGCAAAAAAGGUCUGAUUGACACAUUUUAAAUCUUGUAUUGUUCUUUUCAGUGCUGAAAAGAAGUUUUCAAAAAUUCAAAGCUUGCUUAAGAAAUUCUGAGAAAAGGUUGACAAGAAAGCUUGCCACCGACGAGUUUGAAAGGACUACUUGUCUUCGUUCCGUCGUCGUCGAAGUCACCAUCUCGGUCAAUUCAGAUGAACGAAGUGGAGACGCAGCUGCGGGCUCUGUCUCAGUCGAUAGACGAUGAGCCGAUGACUCCGACAGGGAACCCCGACGCGCGGCCGCCGGACUCGUCCCUCUUCUGCCAACACGUCUUCUAG